AUGUCCAACGCUAUCAUCUGUGGGGACUGGCCGGAAGUGGGAAAUGCACUGCUGCAGCUGCUGCUGGAGAGGCAUGCAGCACUGCCGAGUCAAGUUGAGGCAGACAUUCUGGUGCUGUCUCACAACUUCUACAGACGUUGCCAGUAUGUGGAGGGGAUCGACGUUCUUCUGGAACUGGCAGGGUCAAGGAUCGAAGUGUAUGCUUCAGAGAAGAACUACUCAGCCCUGGUGAAGAUCAUCCUAGGGUUGGGUCUUUAUGAAGGUUUUCGAAAGCCACUCGAUCUCUUGGUUCAGCACAACCAGCUGGAGCUCCUCCUAAAAGAAUGCCAGUUGACAGGCGACGAUGCCAGGGCACUUCGUGCAGCAGUUUUACGCUCGAUCGAUCUGCACAGGCCCAAUGAUGUUCUCGCCCUUGACCUUGUGCACAAGCAUUUCGAUGUGCACGUGGAUAUAGCCCACGGCCUCAAGAAGCAGGCGCUAGCGAAACUAGAGGGAUAUGUCAAACAGCGGUCCAACACCCGACUUCUGUUGGGGGCAAUGGAGCUCCUGUUGAUGGCUGCCAUGGAGUAUUCUGCCGCUGAUUGUUGUGUUGCGGCAGCCAGAUGUAGUGCCAUGGUUGCACUUGUGGCCCAACAGAUCUGUCUCCCUGAGCGUCAGUGGGUGUUGCUGAGCGACAGCCAAUGCCGGAAAGUCUUACCUAAGCUGCCCAACAUUGGGGAGGCCCUGGUGGUUGCCAGGGGCUAUAAAUUCAGCAGCCCUCAGGACUGGGUGCUUACCCUCUGGGAGCACAUGCUGGAAGUAGCAUCCCAGUUUAGGGUGCCGCUGGGCGUCCUGUCUGGCAGAAUGGAUGCCAUGCAGUCCUUUGCCCAAGGCGUUCAGCGCGAGGCUGUCUUCUCUGAGGAUCAGCUGGAGCAGAUAGCCCAGAUGUACGUUGAUCAGCGGGGGCAACGAAGUGGCUAUGUCCUUGGCCGCGUGAACAAGGCAGUGCUCGCGAGCUGCAUGCUGGAGUUUCUUCGGAGCAUUCCCGACUGCCAGCAACGACUGGCACUGUCCCAAAGGAUUGGUGGAGAUGAAAUGGCGGCCCUUGUGAAGGAGUGCCUGACAAUCCUGGACGCUGAGUUGCCAAGCUUGCCACAGGCAGAUGGAAAUGGGGUCCUCUGA